AUGAACUAUCUAGCCGCGACCCUAUUCAUCGGAAUCGUGAGUGUCACGGUGGCGUUCGAUGAAGAAUGUGUCGGUAAACGCAAUGGAGCCACAUUCUCGGACGAAUACAGCUGCAGUCGGUACCGCAUCUGCCUCGGUGGAUACAUCUCACGUGGGGAAUGUGAGGCCGGCCUUUACUGGGACAACUUUCGGCGACUGUGUCUCCCGGCGGCGCUAGUACAGUGCAGUGCAAAAAUGCCACCGAUUGUGCCCACCACAACGUACGCUCCACCGACCACCGAUGACACCAUUCUCGAUGUGAACGACCAGAGCCGACCUGAUUUUCUGGCGGAAGAGUACAGUUGCCCUGCGCAAGGCGUCCUGAGCAUUCCUCAUCGGCGCAGCUGCUCCCAAUACGUGCUGUGCUUUGACGGAACUGCAGUUCUGCAGCGUUGCGCUCCAGGGCUCCAUUUCAAUGCUGCUCAAAGUGUGUGUACACUACCGGAUCUAGCAUACUGCGACCUGCAGGAACAAGUGUGUCCCGAAAAGGACGACCCUUUCAAGCUUGUGUUUGUCGCUGACCGGUUCGACUGCUCCAAAUACUACUACUGCUACAACGGAAAGUUCCACCCGCACAGUUGCGCUCCCGGACUGCACUGGGAUCCGGUGAACAAUUGGUGCACCACGAUCGCCGAAUCCAAGUGUAUGAAUUUCACGCCAUACACCGAGGUGAACGAGCCAACUCUUGUUCCCAAGAAGGUCAGCUGCAAGGAUGAUCAGGCACGCUGGGUGAAGCAUCCGAAAAGCGAACGCCAUUACUACCUCUGCUACAAGGGCAAGUCAAUGCUGAAGCGUUGUGACGACAGUCUCGUCUGGGAUGAGGCAACGCACUCGUGCAAUUUUCAGCAUUGA